CAGAAGUCUUUGAAAAGAUAACGUUUUGAAACCCAAAAGCUAAAAGGAGAGGGGGCGAAAGAAAGGCACAUGCACAUUUAGGGUUGUCAUCAAUGAACGACCCUUCCUUUAAUUGACCUGUUUUUCACGUAAUUACAGGAAACAUCCCUCCCUCCUUCUCGUUCACUGCUCUCAAAGCCUACUCUUCCCUAAUUCUUCAGACCCUCAUCGCUCAUGUGGCCGCCAUGGUUGAGAUCGCCAAGCAGGUCCCGAAACACACCGCCGCCUUCAACCGCCCGAUCCGCUACCCGUUCACUCAGCUUCUCUUGCUCUUCCUUUAAAGACAUUCAAAGCCUCUGCCAGGAGCAACCGGAACCCGAACUCGCUGCCCCGAGAUCCCCCUCUCUCUUCCGCCGGGUCCGGAUCUCAACCGCUGUUCUCCGCGCGUGGGGCACUGGCCGCAGCAGCGUGCUAUCCAAUUCCAUCGCCUUGCCGGGCUCCGACCAGCGCAUCGUCGUCUACUUUACCAGCCUGCGCGUGGUGCGCAGGACCUUCGAGGACUGCAGAGCCGUCCGAUCAAUCCUCCGCGGCUUCCGCGUCUCGAUCGACGAACGAGAUGUAUCCAUGGACGAUCGCUUCCUGGACGAGCUUCACGGGAUCCUCGGCCGUAAGAACGUGACCCUGCCUAGAGUGUUCAUCGGAGGAAUAUACAUUGGCGGCGCUGAAGACGUCAAGCAGCUACACGAGAGCGGCGAAUUGAGGAGAUUAAUCGAACAGCUGCCAAGGUCGGAUCCAAACGCGUGUGAUCUUUGCGGAGGCAUGAGAUUUGUCGUGUGCGACGAUUGUAACGGAAGCCACAAGGUCUACAUGGAGAAGAGCGGAUUCAGGAGCUGUACAUCUUGCAACGUGAACGGUCUUAUCAGGUGCCCUUCCUGUUCUUUCCUGCUCCCGCGUCACACCAAAUAAUAGCCCCCCAAAUCUCGCAGCCCCAAAGGGUAGGGGGAACUUAGCAAUGAGCAUUAGCAUUUUGUUAAUAACAACUCAAUUGCUGGUCUAGAAAUUUGUUUACUUGCAAAUUGCAAUAGGUCCUCUUGUGUAAAACAACGGGUAUAUUAUGUAUGUAGUAGCCUAGUAGGAGCCAGCUUAAUUUGGUUGUUUUGGCUUGGCUUGGCUAAUCAAGCUUUAUUUAAUUCCUUUACUAUUAAUUGCUUCA